CAAGGGCCCCGUUCGCAGUGAAUUUUCUUUUCUUGCAAUCAGGCCAUUCUUUUAGGAUUUGUUCAUCGGUAACCUGCAGCAAAGUCACGCAUAGGUCCCCGACUCUAGUGGUCUGCAAGAGCAUUUGUCAGUCCUGCCUAGAUUCACGAUCAGUUGUUUGUCGUACCCCUUGUUGCAGACGGUAUCGUUGACAAGAUUGUUUACCAUUCGAACUACGUGUCAAAAUCGAAAACGUGGUAGUGUUUGCGGUCCCAGGCUUCCACUUCAUAUUGCGAGUCUUGGCCCCUUCCCCUUAGCUCCUGCUGCGCUUCGCUCGCAUCGUUGAACAACAAAAAAGACCUGCCGAUCCUUGCAUUUAAAACCUACCAAGAAUUUGUUUUUUGGAAAGAUACCAAUAUGGCUAGCUCAAACCCACAAAAGUAUCUUGGCAUGACUCCUCCCAUUUCAACGGCGGAGCCAACGCAGAAAGAAAUUCAAGCGACCGAGCAGCUGGUAACCACGUUGAAAGAACUUGGUCUGUUUGAAAGCGAAGAGGAAUCUAGAAAACGUGAGUUGGUGCUGGGGAAGCUGAACUCAGUCUUCAAGGACUUUGUCAAGAAAGUCACGAUGCAGCAAGGUGUUCCAGAGUCGAUGGCAGCAGAAGCUGGGGGGAAGAUAUUCACUUUUGGAUCAUAUCGUCUUGGAGUACAUGGCAAAGGCAGUGAUAUUGAUACUCUCUGCGUGGCGCCAAGACACGUUAAACGGGAAAGCUUUUUUAGUUUGAUGUAUUCAUCACUGAAAGCAAGGUCGGAGGUGACGGAGAUCACGGCGGUUCCAGAUGCUUAUGUACCUGUGCUGAAGUUCCAGUUCUCUGAUAUACCAAUUGAUCUCCUCUUUGCCCAACUGGACCGAUCAACGGUACCUGACGACUUGGAUCUAGCUGAUGAUAACUUGCUGAAGGGACUAGAUGAGCGUUGCGUUCGAAGUUUGAAUGGAUCACGAGUGACCGACGAGAUUCUGCGCCUUGUUCCGAACAUUGAUGCGUUUCGAAUAGCGUUGAGAUGUAUUAAGCUUUGGGCAAAGCGUCGAGCGAUUUAUUCUAACGUUAUGGGCUUCUUUGGUGGUAUUGCAUGGGCUAUCCUCGUGGCAAGAGUUUGUCAACUCUAUCCUAACGCGGCUGCUGGCGCGAUCGUAUCAAAAUUUUUCCGUAUCAUGCACAAAUGGGCAUGGCCGCAGCCUGUACUGCUGAAGCAGAUUGAGGAGGGGCCAUUGGCAGUGCGAGUAUGGAAUCCCAAAAUAUAUCCACAAGAUAAGGCGCAUCGAAUGCCGAUUAUCACGCCCGCAUAUCCGUCAAUGUGCGCUACCCACAAUGUCACUGUUUCAACGCAGCGAGUGACGACUGAGGAAUUUGAGCGAGCAGCAGAUAUAGCUGAUCGCAUAAUGGUCGGAUCUGGACGUUGGGUGGAGCUGUUCACAAAAAGCGAUUUCUUCUCACGAUACAAGUACUACUUACAAGUGAUCGCGUCGUCGAAGGAAGCUGAAUCACAGCUAAGAUGGGCCGGUAUGGUCGAAUCGCGGUUACGUCAAUUGGUCAUGAAGCUGGAACUGGUGGACCAUUUGGAGUUGGCGCAUCCUUAUAUCGAAGGAUUCGAAAAAGUAUGCUGGUGUUUAAAUGAGGAAGAAAGGAACCAGGCCGCCCAUGGCCAAUUUCCACCUCCGCGCGAGGAGAAAGACUUGGAUAUGUCCACUGCUACGCAGAUCCAUACAACGACAUUUUACAUUGGGCUUUGCAUCAAAGCAAAGGACCCGAACUCAAAUGCCCCCAGGAAAUUGGAUAUAUCAUGGCCAACUAGAGAGUUUGUUGGAAUGGUCAGAUCUUGGGAUAAGUUCGAUGCUGCAAGUAUGGGAAUCGUCGUGCAAUACAUGAAAAGUGUAGCACUGCCGCCUGAAGUAUUCGACGAGGGUGAACAACCAAGGCCUAUGAAGAAGCGACCAAAAUCCAGGAACCGCUCGAAUCCUCCACUCGAGGACCUCCCCGCGAAAAAGAGGAGAGCAUCUUUCACAGACGCUGUCGCAAUUUCUGGAGAUGGAUAUGCAUAUACUCAUUUGAACGGAAGCAGUGAUACCAACCUAAAAGAGCCUACGAUAAGAGAAGGAACUGAGGAAAACGGGAGCGACAGCAGUCAUGUACCAUCUUUACAAUCGGGAAUUGAUGCUCAUGACAGUGCCGGAUCUGAUGCAAAUGGAUCCAAUGUCAAGUACAGUCAAGCCGUACUACGGAAGCUUGGCAGCGAUCGGCCAGCGUCACCGGCGAAUGGCUCAUUUAGCGGCUCGUCACCACCGGCAGCAAUCUCCAGCCACACGUAUGCGCAAAUUGGCGGCAUGAGCGGCAUCAAUGUUGGGAUGUCGAGAAAAUUCCCAGAGAUCAAACUGAGGUUGGCUGGGCAACAACCAAGGGCGGGGGAAACCAUCGGAGGGUCAAGCGGAGCAAUAUGAUAAAACGAGCCGGAGGUGCUUUCAGUACCUGAACACCCGCAAGUGCCCCAAACGUUGACAGUAACGACGCUAAGAAUGAAAUCUAGUGCAGGGUAUCCGGCAACACAGAAAAUUUAUAGUCCAGUUGGGCACUUAAUUUGUAAAAAGCACGAAAAACCAUCAUGUCUAAGGGACAGGUAAGGAAAGAAGGGCAUAGAAAACAAGAAAUCAUCAUGGCGUGUACUCGGGGACAUUUAAACAGGCAGCGGUUGUACACCAACUAUCUCCAGGAAGCUCGUGGUUUCAAUGCCUACUACUGGACUUGACGUCGCGCAUAUGGAGGAAAAUUUAACCUCCAAACUGUGGGAGGUAUGCUAGGGAUGGUGCCAAGAGAACUGAGUAACGAACGAGCGAGAGGCAAACUCGUAUGUUAUUCCAAAUUUCUCUUCUGGAUGGUAGCUGAUGUUAAGGUUGGGGUCCCCGAUCGCCUGAAAUGUAGGAGGUUCGGUGUAUAGCUUGUGUUCAAACACUUUUUGCUGUGUAAGAUUUUAAUAACUAUAUUCCUUUAAGCCA